UAUCAUCUCCCGCUUCGCUCCUUCGCCUACUCUCUCUCUCUCUCUCUCUUCUCCGUUUUCGCCAUCAACUGAAGCAGACUGCCAACUCCAUAUUCUCAAAUGGUGGAGGAAAAUGUUGACGAACAUGACUUAGGCAAUGUACAAGAAACAGAGUAUGUGCAAGAGACUAUUAGUAUGCCUGAGGACUUGUGUCCACCAGAAGACGUACAAGACGAUGUAAAGUAUCCAACUUUCGUUGAGGAAAAGAAAUGGCCUGGUUGGCCUGGAGAGAAUGUGUUUAGGAUACUAGUUCCAGCUCAAAAAGUUGGUAGUAUAAUUGGACGCAAAGGAGAACAUAUUAAGAAAAUAUGUGAGGAUACAAAGGCACGAAUUAAGAUUCUUGAUGGUCCUCCCGGGACAACAGAAAGAACUGUAAUAAUUUCUGCAAAGGAAGAGCCAGAUCUCCUGAUUCCACCUGCCUUAAAUGGUCUUCUGAAGAUCCAUAGACACAUUCUUGAUGAAGGUUCAGAUGCAGAUAAUGCACCAGUUGGUGGAACAUUUCGCACAAGACUUCUUGUGGCAGCUAUGCAGGCUGGCAGUUUGAUUGGGAAGCAGGGUGCCACAGUAAAGUCAAUUCAAGAUGAUUCACAUUGUAACAUUCGAGUAAUUGGAGGAGAGAACUUGCCUGCAGUUGCCUUACCAGAUGACAGUGUAGUUGAGAUACAGGGGGAACCUGCAGGGUUGGAAAAGGCUGUCGAAAUAAUUGGUACACAUCUCAGAAAAUUUUUAGUAGAUCGAAGUGUAAUUGGAGUAUUUGAAAUGCAGAUACAAAUGCCAAGUGCUCGACCGAACCAGAAUGUGCAUGCAUCCCAAUCUUGGGGACCUCCUCAAUCAGAUUUUUCCAUGAACCCUGGUGGACAUGGUUAUGGGUCAGACCCUUCAUGUAUGCCACCUCGCCCACGUCAAUAUGAUGAUUACUAUUCACCUGCUGACAUGCCUUUUGAUAAGAAGCCUCGCUCAGGCCCACAUACAUAUGGCAGAGACAUCUCAGUGGGAGCUCAUGCAGCGAAUGUGCAGCCCCAAGAAGCAAUGAUCGCGAAGGUCACACAGAAUAUGCAGAUUCCACUUGCAUAUGCUGAUGCUGUGAUCGGUGUUAAUGGUGCAAAUAUUAGUUACAUACGUCGUUCUAGUGGUGCAACUAUUGCAGUGCAGGAAACAAGAGGAGUACCUGGUGAGAUGACUGUUGAAAUAAAUGGCUCAGCAUCACAAGUCCAAGCAGCACACCAGUUGAUACAGAAUUGCAUUGCUGAUGCCAUGAGCAACGCACAGAACCCGACUACUGGAGGACAACCAAUGCAACAACCAGUCCAGCAACCAAUGCAAGGUUACAAUCCGUAUCCCUCUCACGGCCCAGUUUAUGGUUCUUCGACGUCUAAUGCUGCUGGACAAACCAUCCAUGUCAAUGUGCAGUCUGGAGACUAUGGCUCCAUGUAUGGGACUAGCUACGGCUACUAGACAGAAAAUUGUCUCUAAAAAAGAUUUGAUCUGUCUGAUUUUGUUAGUGCUGUAUUAGAUAGUCUGGCUUGUUAUUUAUUUCCAUCUUCUUGGUGUGGCUGAACAUUGGUCGAAUUCUCAUCCAUUGCGGAUUCGCUGUAGCUAUUUUUACA